UUGGCCGCGCGGCUGCUGGACCUGGAGGGGAGAACAGGGGCAGCCGAGAAAAAAAUAUUUGGCUGUGAGAAAACAGAGCUGGAGUUCGGGAACCAGCUGGAGAGCAAGUGGGCCGCGCUGGGCACCCUCAUCCAGGAGUACGGGCUGCUCCAGCGGCGCCUGGAGAACAUGGAGAACCUGCUGAAGAACAGGAACUUCUGGAUCCUGCGGCUGCCGCCGGGCAGGAAGGGAGAAGUGCCCAAGGUGCCGGUGACGUUUGACGACGUGUCCGUCUAUUUCAACGACAAGGAGUGGGAGAAGCUGGAGGAGUGGCAGAAGGAGCUCUACAAGAACGUGAUGAAGGGGAACUACGAGUCUUUGAUCUCCCUGGACUAUGCAAUUUCCAAACCUGGCGUCUUGUCCCAGAUUGAGCAAGGAGAAGAAUCACGAGUCGGGAACGAGCAGGACUUGGAGGAGAGAGAGAUCAUUACUGAUGCCACCGCAGCUGGUAUAAGGGUCGUGAUCAAAACAGAGGAGCUCCUUCCUGAAGACAGUCCUGAAAACCCGGAGCUGCACGGGAUGUCAGGGCAGUCGGAGGGGAGUUUCCAGAGUCCGGAUGAAGAGGCAGCCUGCGAGAGUCCGUACGGCUCGGUUUCCCCUCCGAGAGACCUGCCAGGAACCAGCCUGGCUGACCCCUCCGAGUACGGAGCUGACUUCAGUGAGAUCCAGAGAGUCAUCGUUCACCACGGGAGCUGCACAGGUGAGACGCUCGGCACGGGGGCCACGCGUCGGGGGGACCUGCGGGCCGAGGAGGAGCUGUGCGGUGUGGCAGGCAAAGGCUGGGCAGGGGGAAGCAGCUCAACAGAAGAGGGGAGUUAA